AUGGUGCUAUCUCAACACCCCCCCUGUGUCCGUUUCAGCUAUGCGCUGUACGAUGAGGAUGGGGUGAAGAUUCCCCAGGACGUGGUGGAACGCGUAGAGAGGGUGUUCGAAGAGAUGCUGGAAGAGACCUGGCAGCUGUGCACUGACACAAGCAAGGACAUACGUGGAGCAUGCCUUGGCUCUGGUGGAGCAGCGGGGGCCGGAGCUGAGACUACAGGCAGAGGGGAGGAGCGGGCAGGUGAUCAACUGACUCGCCAAAUUUGCAAGAACACGAGCGAGGACAUGAACAUGGAGCAUGCCUUGGCUCUGGUGGAGCAGCGCAGGCCGGACCUGACACUACAGGGUGUGGAGCGGCAGGUGCUGCAGUGGUACCUGUGCCGCAUGGAGGGGUGGUUCGCUACAGACUUGAAGAAUCUCUCUGCCAAAUGCUGGGAGGAGGUGAGCCGUAGGGGCUUGUGUGGAGGGGGUCACGGCCUCAUGGUGAAAGGCGACCUGCCUGUGCUGGACGCCCUUGCUUCCCAUCUGGCCCCGUGUGCUUGUUACCCCAUACUGCUCCUCACGUGCGUGCUGCUCACUCCAUCAUGUUGCAUGCAGGAGGAUCUAGUGGAGGGGGGUCAUGGCCUCAUGGUGAACGGCUACCUGCCUGUGCUGGACGCCCUUGCUUCCCAUCUGGCCCCGUGUGCUUGUUACCCCAUACUGCUCCUCACGUGCGUGCUGCUCACUCCAUCAUGUUGCAUGCAGGAGGAUCUAGUGGAGGGGGGUCACGGCCUCAUGGUGAACGGCUACCUGCCUGUGCUGGACGCCCUUGCUUCCCAUCUGGCCCCGUGUGCUUGUUACCCCAUACUGCUCCUCACGUGCGUGCUGCUCACUCCAUCAUGUUGCAUGCAGGAGGAUCUAGUGGAGGGGGGUCACGGCCUCAUGGUGAACGGCUACCUGCCUGAGGAUCUAGUGGAGGGGGGUCACGGCCUCAUGGUUAACGGCUACCUGCCUGUGCUGGACGCCCUAGCUGCUGGGCUGGACAUUCGUUUUAAUCACAGAGUGGUCAACAUUGACUGGUCCUCGUCACAGGAUCUGGAUAGAUCAGUAUCCGGAGGGAUAGGAACAGCAGGGGAGGUGCUGGCUAUGAGGGUAGAGGCAACAGGCGUAGUCGGAAUCGAGAACAAAAUCGCGCUCCUCUUCCCCUCCUGCUUCUGGCCCUCGGUGGAAUUCCUGGGAGUGGUAGCAGACACACCCUACGCAUGCAGCUACUUCCUGAACCUGCACAAGGCCAGCCAGGGCGAGAGGGCAGUGCUGGUGUUCAUGCCGGCAGGGCGGCUGGCAGAGGAGAUGGAGGGGAUGGGGGAGAGCGAGGCUGUGGCGUUCACCAUGCUGCAGCUUAGGAAGAUUCUGCCCCACGCGCCUGAACCUAUCCAGGCGCACAUCACCACGUGGGGAUUCAGGCACGCAUCACCACGUGGGGGUCAGAUCCCUUCUCCCUCGGAUCCUACUCCUACGAUGCAGUGGACGCCCCUCCUGACGUCUACGAUUCCCUCCGCGCCCCCCUCCCUCCCCUCUUCUUCGCCGGGGAAGCCACCUCACGCGCCCACCCUGGCACUGUUCACGGCGCGUUCUCCACCGGGCGGCAAGCUGCAAGAGAGGCGGCGGAAUUCGUCCGGUUGUUGGGUUUCGGGGAAGGGCCGAGGAUGGUAA